AGCAGCUUUCUCGUCAGAACCUCUUUUGAAGAGAAGGGCAGCACAAGUCGCUAGCAUGUCCGCUUCCGUGCGCAACUUCCGAGUUAUUUUGCUAUUGUUUUUAACUGUGUUAUCAAAUUCUGUAACGUCUAAUGUGUUUUUCCCCGCGGAAACAAGCGAAGAGCUGGUUCAUUAUCGGUCAUUAAAAGAUAUCCUCUUCCGGUCGCAAGCAGAAGAUACUGCCCGUUCGAUAGAAUCGCCUGUUGUUGCAAGUUUCCGACCAUCCAAUCCCAGCCCAACUCUGGCAUCUUCGCCUCAAAACGGAGUCGGCGUUUCCAGAAUUCGCUUCUUGGAAACAGAUGCAUUCUUUGUUCCUAAUUUUCCGGAACAUUCGCAUGCGGAUUUUAUCUCAUCCCCUGCGUUUGCUCAAACUGAAGGAAGGAGACCGAAUAGAUUCCACUCAGAUGUUGACGCCAGAACGGUUUUGACGCGGGCUGCUGCGAACGAAUCUACUAUUGAUGUUAGAGUGGUUGAAGACCCCGGUCAGGAUCGUUGGCCCUGGCCAUACUCAAAAUCCGUCAAACAGACUGUCAACGUCCAAAGUCGACAACUAGCAAAGCCAACCACCUUAGUUGUCAAAAAGUCGGUAGCAAAGCCUUAUCGUCUGCUGACCAGAACAUCUUCGUGCCCUAAACUUCUGCACGAUUUGACAGUUACCUGUUCAUUACCAAAGCAGCAUGACCAAUUCCAGACAGUGGAGUUCCAAUGGUACAAAACACAACACAAGAGCGUGACUGAAACCCAAAAUAAUUUACUUGAUUCCACUGUCAAGAUUCCAAUAGCCUUUGGGACUCAAGUAAUCCAUAAGGAUGCUCGUUAUAUUGCGUCCGUUGCUUCGCACUCGGCGAACUUAACCAUUCGUCAACUUAAACCCCAAGAUUGUGGGUCUUACAUCUGCGAAGCGGUGGACAUCCCCAACGCGACAGUCAUAUCUACUACAGAAUUUUUAAUUUUUCUCUGCUACUAACUGACUGUUGGGAAUAGAUCAACGAACGUUAUUAUAGUCGUUUUAGCAGAUUGUAAAAAAAAAGUAAAACUGGAUUUUACUAUGCAUGGUUAUAUACGGAUGUGCGCUUGAAUUGCUUCUUUGUAUCCCAAACGUUAAAGGAAGAAUUAGAUGUUAAUCUAGAUUACACAAAGAUAAUCAACCAAA